AUGACGAAUCCUGACCCAUGCAGGUACAUACACAGCUGCAUUCCGGGCCUCCAACCUGGAGAGCAAUGUGAAUUCCGGUGUCGGCCGCCUUCUUUCCUGGGAGAUCCAUUACCUGGCACCUGCCCCACAGACAACACAGACCCCUCGCGACCACCAGUCGUUCCGGUGCUGCCAAGCUGCGAACCACAAUGCACCGAACCAUCAACACCGCCACAAGGCUACAACCGUUCCGGGGACAACUGGACUUGCGCAAGCGGCUACCUGGGCGCAGCGGUGCCAAACUGUGCUCCGGACCGAAACUGUGUGAU